GCCUGACCAAUCAAAGGGCAUGGUGUUGCAGCACAUAAAGCCCUUUUCCAGAGAGAGAAUUAGUUUCAUACCCUGCGUUUGGGCUGUCAGGUAGCGUUUCAAAUGUGUCUCGUCGUGAGUCAUUCAGUCGUGUUUUAAUAAUAAUUGGGGGCGUUAUGAGUAAGACGUACUUCUGUCAGUGAAUGAAUCCUUUUUGUUUCAUGUCCACUAUUCAAAGGUGGCGGUAACACCUAGGAGUCAAAAUAAGAGAAAACUGGAAAAGUAGCCCACCAUUGAAAGUGUGGCGGAAUCCAUUGUGACUGGUUGUAAACAAGCACGUCUUCUGGGUCAUUUGAACACUCGGUGUACUGUUAUGUGAGCAUGUCUUAACACAUACAACACCGUGUUGGAAGCCUCAUACCUCAACGGUGCCGUGCCACUGUAUGGUGAGGUUUGCCCAUUGCUGGUAGUUUGUCAUUGCUUGCCGAGCAAUGCUAGCAAAGUUGACAGGAAGCCAUGCAGUGCCCACAAGCAAUAUGGCCGCCCAGGAAGUCCACAUUAGCUGAGGAGGAAUGCAGUAGGCGGGGCCGCCAGGCUUGUGUCAAACUUUGGGAAUGACAGGAGUGCUGCAGGAUUCGCAAAGAAGGGAAAGUGUCGCCCUUGAUCCUGCUCUUUGGAUUACUUGGACUUGUUUUUACGCACAGCCUGUGGAGCCGUCACUUGUUCUUCGACACGUUGCACGCUGGCAACAGAUACACCAGCAAUGUCGGAGGACCUGAGUUCCCAACCCUGGUCCAUCAACAAAGAUGAUUAUGAGCUACACGAGGUGAUCGGGAGCGGGGCCACCGCCGUGGUUCAAGCUGCCUACUGUGUACCCCGCAAGGAGAAGGUGGCUAUCAAACGCAUCAACCUGGAGAAGUGCCAGACCAGUAUGGACGAACUCUUGAAAGAGAUCCAGGCCAUGAGCCAGUGUCACCACCCCAACAUUGUGUCUUACUACACCUCCUUCGUCGUGAAGGAUGAGCUGUGGCUGGUGAUGAAGCUGCUAAGUGGUGGCUCGGUACUGGACGUGAUCAAGCAUAUCAUCUCGCGAGGUGAGCACAAGACCGGCGUCCUGGACCAGGCCAGCAUUGCCACCGUCUUAAAAGAUGUGCUGGAGGGGCUGGAGUACCUGCACAAGAACGGACAGAUACACAGAGAUCUCAAAGCUGGAAAUAUUCUUCUCGGGGAGGACGGAUCUGUGCAAAUUGCAGACUUUGGCGUUAGUGCCUUCCUCGCCACAGGGGGCGACAUCACCAGAAACAAAGUGCGCAAGACGUUUGUGGGAACGCCGUGCUGGAUGGCGCCAGAGGUCAUGGAGCAGGUCAAAGGAUACGAUUUCAAAGCCGACAUUUGGAGUUUCGGGAUCACGGCCAUCGAGCUCGCCACGGGGGCGGCGCCUUACCACAAAUACCCCCCAAUGAAGGUGUUGAUGCUGACGCUGCAGAAUGACCCCCCCGGCCUGGAGACCGGCGUCACCGACAAGGAGCUGGUGAAGAAGUACGGCAAGUCCUUCAGGAAGAUGAUCUCCAUGUGUCUACAGAAGGAUCCGGAGAAGAGGCCAACAUCCUCGGAGUUGUUGAAGCAUAAAUUCUUCCAGAAAGCAAAGAACCAUGAGUACCUCCACGAGAAGCUUCUCCAGAGAGCUCCUACAAUAUCAGAGAGGUCAAAAAGGGUGCGUCGCGUCCCGGGCUCCAGCGGGCGUCUGCACAAGACGGAGGACGGCGAGUGGGAGUGGAGCGACGACGAGCUGGAUGAAGAAAGCGAGGAAGGCAAAGCAGCCGUGGCCGCCCUCAGGGAGCAGCAGGUGAAGCCUGUUGGCGCCCCCCGGCGACAAGUGCGCUUCUCCUACCCACUCGAGCUGCCUGCGUCCAGGUCGCCGAGAGUGAAGGAGGCCUCACAGAAUUCAGAGCUUUUCCCAACGCCGGAGCCUUUAAAUGUCCCGCCUCCUCUUCCCGCUCCUGCAGCUGCAGGCCCAGCAGAUCUACCUCAGGCACCUCAGGCUGGAGGAGGCACGCUUCCACUGCAGCCUGCGCCCGUUGGCCCUCCGCGCACGGGACACGCCGCAUCGCAAACGACAAGCGCACCUGCCACCGCCACUGCUGUGCCCACACAGGUUCCCGUCUCGGUGAGCAACCAGACGUCUCCCAUCAGUUUGGUGUUACGGUUACGAAAUUCAAAGAAAGAACUCAACGACAUCCGCUUUGAGUUCAUGCCCGGCAGAGACACGGCAGACGGCGUCUCCCAGGAGCUGGUGUCAGCGGGCCUGGUGGACGGGAGGGAUUUAGUCAUCGUUGCUGCGAAUUUACAGAAAAUAGUGGACGACCCUCAAGUCAAUAAAAAUGUCACUUUCAAACUGGCUUCCGGAAUGGAGGGAUCGGAAAUACCAGACGACGUCAAGCUGCUGGGCUUUGCUCAGCUGACGAUAAGUGGCGUUUAAGUGGUGUUGACGACCUUGGACCGUCACUUGCCUAAAAGAUGUGAACAUUUAAGGAAAAAACCAAGAAAAAUCAAUCGACAGGAUAUACCUGUAUAGAUUAUUGCAAGUGUUUUCUAUGGCUGUAAAGGAAAACCACUACUGCCAAAGAAAAGCGUGAAGAAGAAAGGCCGCCUUGUUGAAUGAGGCGCUGAAGUGUUGGCGAAACGUCGGCACGCACGUUUACAGCGUAUCGGGAGGAUGUACAGUACAACCACCUUUUUCUUUCUCCAACAUCAAUCAUGCAUUUGCACAAU